CCUCGCUGUGAUUGGCCAUUUCGGUAACGAGGGUGUGAUGUCACUGGGAAGCGCCGAACUCCAGUUUGUAAAGUUUUAUAUGGCGGUAAUGGACUGAUGGCUGAUGGAUAAAAGUGAGUUUCUGUCUUAUUAGCCGCCUAGAUAACAGAUGGAUGACAUCAACGUACUACACCACAGAUGCCUCCUGAAUCUGAGGCGUCGAAUCAGAGAUAUUGGGGACGGGCGCCCUGCACAGGAACGAUAUAUGAGGUUGCAGAAGGAUGGAGACACACUCAGUUACCAAGGGAACUCUGAAGAGGUGGGUUGCUAUGUGGCUGGCCAUCCUUUAUCAAAGGGAAAUUGCUACUUCGAGGUGACGAUAGUGGACACGGGGGUGAGGGGGACCAUUGCUGUUGGCCUGGUGCCUAAAUUCUACAGGCUGGACCACCAGCCUGGCUGGCUGCCAUACUCUGUAGCUUACCACGCUGACACCGGCAAGUUAUACAGUGGCAACCCUGUGGGGCAGCAGUUUGGGCCAAAAUGUGCUCGCGGUGACCGCGUUGGCUGUGGAAUACACUCAGAAAAUGUUGAAGCAGGUUUUACAACAGUCUUUUUCACCAAAAAUGGCAAAGAGGUGGGUUCAGUGGAGGUUCCUGUGUUGGCGGAGGGGCUGUUCCCCGCUAUAGGGAUGCACUCCAUGGGGGAGGAGGUGAAGGUUGACCUGCAGGCUGAGUGGUUCCUGGAGGAGGAUGAUAGUAUGAUGAUGGUUGACAGCCAUGAAGAUGACUGGGGUCGGCUUUACGACGUCAGGGUUAGCGGCACGCUCUUGGAGUAUGUUGGCAAAGGAAAGAGCAUCAUGGACGUGGGUUUGGCCCAGGCCCGCCAGCCACUCACCACCCGCUGCCACUACUAUGAAGUGGAGAUCGUUGAUGCUGGGGAGAAAUGCUACAUUGCCCUGGGCCUGGCAAGAAGGGACUACCCCAGGAACAGACACCCGGGAUGGAGCAGAGGGUCAGUGGCAUACCAUGCAGAUGAUGGGAAGAUCUUUCAUGGCAGCGGGGUUGGAGACGCUUUUGGUCCUCGCUGCUUCAAAGGCGACAUUAUGGGCUGCGGCAUCAUGUUCCCACGAGACUACAUCCUGGACGGAGAAGGUGACAUGGACGACUGGGAUCGGCUGGAGGUCCGUCCGGGUCAUGCAGCCGUCCAGAACGUUCUGUACCUCAACGAUGAAGAGGAGGAAGAGGAAGAUGGGGAAGAGGUAGAGCAGGGACAGGAGGGAAGGAAGGUCACGGUGUUCUUCACGAGGAACGGGAAGCUGAUGGGCCGCAGGGAGAUGGUGGUUCCUCCCGGUGGCCUCUACCCCACUGUGGGGAUGCUGAGCAGCGGAGAGAAGGUGAAGGUGGAUUUACAUCCUCUCAGUGGAUGAGCUGAGAUCUGGACUGGACUUGUGACGCCCUGCAAACAGCUGGCUGCACUGUAGAGCUCACCCAUGGUAGCCUAGCAUGCUGCUAACACACUCAGUUCAGCUGCACACAUGCACGUCGCUGUCGUCUCCCUCAACACUAUCCCAUUACAUUUCACAAUCAUGACAGAAACGCAACCAGAUCCCCCCCCCUCCUGGUUGUGAAGUGGCAGAGAGAGAUCCUACAUGGGCCGUGUAGGUUACAGCGUGCAAAGUGCAGGAGUAGACGACUCCUGAGAGACAUUUAACUGUUAAUUCUAUGCAAUCUGUACUGCUAUCAUCCUCUCAUCUAACCUCUCUCUGCAUGCAGUGUGUCUCUGAAACACUGUGCUGUUAAAUCCCACUCAUGAGGUCUGGCACACAUUGUUUAUUUCAUUUGUCACGACCCUAAGCAAAGCAAAGCAGAGCGAGGCCAACGGUUGUGCCGAGUCAGAGCUUGUUGGCAGUUUGUUUCAGGGAAUAGACCCCCCCUCUCUCUCUCUCUCCUCU